AGGGAGAGCCCCGGCACCGCCCGCGUGGAGGCUGCGGCGACGGGCAAUGGGCAAGGCGCGAGCGAGCGAGCACGCAGGUCGCCACCGCGCUCCCUGAUCGCGGGCAGAACGAGCGCUCCUCCUGGGCUGCGCGUCCCCACCGAGCAGGAACAAAGGCUGCGGGAUGGCUCUGCCGCCUGCCAGAGAUGGGGCUCUUACGGGCGAUCCCUGAUCUCAGCACUGGAAGUGACGGUGAGGAGGAGGACCCCUGCUCCAGCCCUGUCCGACCAAGGCGAGGUGGCGGCGAUCUCCCAGGGCUCCACGCUCAGCCCCCGAUCUCUUCUUCCCCCACCUCGCCCUAAAACGGGCGGAAGGAAGGAAAAGCCAUCCGAUCUCGCCUCUCCACGUGCAGCUACCCCUCCAGGGCAAGAGCUCCUGUCAGCAUUGCCUCUGGCCCCUGAAAGCCCUGACCCCGCAAUGGGAAGGAGCUGGGCAGGGUGCUGGUGUUACUGGUCGUGUCAGCCCAAGUAUCCAAGAACUCAGGAACUCGAGGAAGAGAGGACAGGCCGUGCCCGGGAACUUCUCCAACACUCUCCUUUCCCCCACUGGGCUCCUUCAGGAGCCAGAACUCCCGCAUCUUCUUGAAAGGCUGAAGUUUGUCCCUGCAUCCAGUCAACCAUUCCCAUGGCAACAGCUGCAGAGAGCAUGCAGGAAGCUGCGUGACUAGAAGGGGCCGAACUGCUGCAGCACACGGGGCUCGACUCACCGUUCCACCAGCCCUUGACCAAAGUGGUGCUGAUGGCGGCCCUGGACUGUGGUGUGGGCAAGUGAGGGACCUGGGCCGUCUUGCAAGGAGAGGCCGCACACAUUCCCGGUAGGAGAGCAGAAGGGCAGGUUGCAUGAUCCCACCAACAUGACUGGGCGACCGGAGAGACGGGGACAGAUUCAGCCACAGAAGGCAGCCAGGUCCUGCCGUUUUUCAGAAGAGAUCUGAGACCAAGCCUCCCCACUCAACUGGAGCUGAAGAAGAUCCUUGGUUUCAGCACGUGUCAACAGCAAGCUCUAGGGCUUCCACCCGCCCCCUGGAGCAAAGAUGGUGAUGUCCCACGGCACCUACACGUUCCUCACCUGCUUUGCUGGCUUCUGGCUGAUCUGGGGGCUCAUUGUGUUGCUAUGUUGCUUCUGCAGCUAUCUGCGGCGGCGCAUGAAAAGGCGGCAGGAGGAGCGGCUGCGGGAGCAGCACCUGCGCACACUGGAGAUGGAGCCACUGCACUAUGAGGGCUACGGAGGCCCUGCCUACGGGGGCCAUGCCUACGGAGGCCCUGCCUAUGGAGGCUCUUCCUACGGAGGCCCCGCCUAUGGGGGGGGUUACAUCAGAAGUCCGCCAGGCAUAGCUGUGCCCCACCGCCUCCGCCUCGAGCCCCACCGUCCUCACCUUCCACUCCCAAGGCCUUGGAGCUGCAGGCACGAGCCAGAUCCAUCCAAGCCCCCCUGCUAUGAAGAGGCCGUGUUGAUGGCUGAGCCCCCACCGCCUUAUAGUGAAGUCCUGACAGACACACGAGGCUUGUACCGCAAAAUCAACGCCCCCUUCCUGAGCCACGAGCAGCCAGAGAAACAGGAACAGCCCCCCAGCUAUAAGCCCCUCUUCCUGGAUCGGGGAUAUGGCUCGGCCCUCCAUUUGCCGAGCUCCGCCAGCCGGGGCCCCACCUGCACCAACCUCUACUUGGAGUCGGAGCAUGCGCAGCGCAUCUUCCCCAGCUGGACAGACUCAGAACUCAGCACCAGAGACAGCUAUGAGCCGGGGCCCUGGCAGCUGCCCGUCUCAGUGCCUUUGUUGGGCAGGACUACGGCAGUUUAGCAGGCUGCGCUGCAACCAGAGUGGGACGGUGGUUGGCGCACAGAAGCUGGAUCCUGGCAGCCUGUUCCCUGGGCCUGCAAGAGCCACCCAGUCCCUUAGUCCGAGCCUUCCAGCCAUGCCUGGGCCACAGGCCUCCACAGUGCAAAGACUCCAGUUGCUAUUGACCUCUUCUUGGCCAUGGUGGGGUUGGGGCUGGUCUCCCCAGCUCACCUACUUCCCUUUUUCUGGGCCCACUCCAGGCUCUGUUGGUGCUGACUGCAAGGGGGCCUCUGGCUUGGCCUGAACUUUUGUUUCAUAUAUUUUGUUUGUUACAUUUUGAGAAUAAUAAAGUUUGUGGAACCUGAUUUAUUACAAA